AUGUCAUCACCCAAUAUCGAAGUGAAAUGUUUUUCACAACGCGUUGCCGAUGGUAUAUACGACCAUGUUGCUGAUGCUGUAACAAAUCUUGGGAAGGACGGCUUAGGUGAGGCCGAUUUUGGCAUUGAUUGGACCACCACUGUGCAAGACAACUACAGUGGGACCAACUGGUCUUAUGUCAACACAAAGGACGGUCAUCCAUUCAGAACCAACAUUGUUGGCCAAAUCACUACUUCAGCGUGCGGCACCAAACAUUCCACCAAAGGCACACACUUCACAAAAAAGAACAUGGCACUGAGUGACUCAGACACCGUCAAAUGGAAAUGGGCGCUUUCCAAACCCACACUCAGCUCGCCAAAUCUAACCAACAUUUGGGAGAAUCAGCUAACAUCCAUCGAAGACUGGAUCACCAAGGAAAAAAAGAGAGCAGUGACAGGUUCGAAAAUAAACACGUGCAUUGCCAAAAGCUCGAAAGACCUCCAAUACGUGGACCUGAUCAUGUUGACAUUGCAAUGCAUCUAUGAGAAGCCAGAAGGCAACAACACUAAUCAGGAUAUCACACCUCGAUGA